AAUGGUGCUGCGUAGACUAGAAACGCUUUAUCUAACUAAAUGAUCUUGAACUAGAGUUUGAGAGGAACGUUUAUGUUUGUAAUCAUAAUUGAGCAGUUUUCUUAAAUUAGGAGCUUGUUAUGUGAUUAUUAAAUAUAGUUAUUUCACUACUGUGUAUUCUAAAUAGGUUUCUUAGCAGUUUAAAAGUUUUCGUAACAAGCUUAAAAACUAAUUCUCCAAAGGUCAGGUCCUAGUCACUCUGCUUUCUAUGACUCGAUGUAUUGUAAACUGAAUCAUAUUAAGGCAUCUUUUCCCGAAACUCUUGUAUGAGAAACCUGGAAAGGCUAAAACCUGGAGCUAAUCGGUUUGGUAUUUAUAGAAAUUCUUAAAAUCAAGUUAUGUAAUUUGUAACAGUUUGCUAUUUUUUUUUAAUAUUAGCCUUACAUUUGAGUUGUAUAAGUAAUAAAAACAAAACCAGAAUUGGACUGAAAGUUGUGAUUCGUAUAAAUUUAGCAACUCUGUCAAGAACCUACUGUUUUUUUGUGGGUUGUAUUAGUCUAAGGGGCAAAGAAAAGGGAUCUGAUGAAAAUAUGGCAUUUAUUGUUUUCUUACUUUCACCUGGUAACCAAAUUUGACAGAAAAUUGGGCUUAACUUUAAACUGACCCUUCUCUCCCUUCUGUGAUAUAGAUCAUGGAUGGUAAAGUUAAGACAGGAACUGUACAGAGAAAAGUGUUGUUUUCUCGCCUGAUUAACCGUCGAAGGUUCGACAAUGAAGAGUUAGAAUCCUUAUACCAGCGUUAUACCUUCAAGAUUCAGCAGUCCUCAAUCGUUAGUGUUCUUGCGCUCUUUAUUUUCUUCACUGGAGUUCUAACCAUUUUGCAUUUCGUCUUUGUCAAAACUGCCACUGCUGCAAACUUGUAUUUCCUGCUACACUGUCUUGUUUUUGCCACAAUCCUGGCAUUCAUCUACACGAAAUGGCAUAAAGAUUAUUAUCUGCUGGCUUUAUGUUACGUAAUAUUAUGCUUCUUUGUAACCUUUUGUCUCGUUUGUAUGCCUUUUGACGUCGGGACGCGAGGGACAUGGGGUUCAGGAUCGUGGGGUGCCCGACACACUGCCGCUGAUGGGGUAUGGGAGAUCAUCUAUUGUUUAUUCGUGUCAUAUACUAUACUACCGUUGAGAACGAGGGUAUCAAUGACUCUUGGACUGGUUCUGCCGAUUAUUCAUACAAGUGUAGCCUCAACGAUGACCCAAGAAUUCCCCGGAUUGCUGAUGCAUCAAGAAACUCCAUGCAAAGCAUUGUGGCAAGACUCCAUGUUUUACUGGGACUUCAAAGAAAUAUUCUGAAGAGCGUACGUGAAACUG